UUUAUUGCACGCGGUUUUCUGAGGGAGGGAGAGAGGGAGAGAGAGAGAGAGCUAAUUGGCUGACUUUGGAGGAGGACCCAAUUGUGUAAAUGAUCCUAGCUGUCCUCAUUUGACUCCUUUCAGUCCCUCCCCCUAAAACUGAUCGAGUUGGGUCAGCGGGUCCUCCGUGUAUAUAUAACGAGUGGAAGCAAGAGCCCUUGGACCCUUGUCUGUGCCCUUCCCUUCUCAGUAGGAGUUCAGGAUUAAGAUUAAGGAGGAGGGGAGAGCAACAAGAAAUUAACCCCAGAAGAGAAAGGAAAAGGAGAUAAGAGAAAGGAAUUACAUGCGUUAAGGGGUACUGGGUGGGUUGCUAAUUGCAAAGUUGGAGACAGAUCGAUGGGGAGGCCUCCUUGUUGUGACAAGGUAGGAGUGAAGAAAGGGCCAUGGACUCCUGAAGAAGAUAUAAUCUUGGUUUCCUACAUCCAAGAACAUGGCCCUGGCAAUUGGAGGGCUGUCCCUAUUAGCACUGGGUUAAUGAGAUGUAGCAAGAGCUGCAGACUGAGAUGGACAAACUACCUUAGGCCAGGAAUCAAGAGGGGAAGCUUCACAGAACAAGAGGAAAAGCUCAUCAUCCAUCUCCAAGCCCUUUUUGGCAAUAGAUGGGCAGCAAUAGCUUCAUACCUCCCAGAAAGGACUGACAAUGACAUCAAGAACUAUUGGAACACUCACCUCAAGAAGAAGCUGAAGAAGCUUGAGAAUGGCAAUGGCAACUCAACAAUCCCCAAAGGCCAAUGGGAGAGGAGGCUUCAAACUGACAUCCAAACGGCAAAGCAAGCUCUUUGUGAUGCUUUAUCCAUUGAAAGGGAGCCUGAAGCUUUAACCAAACCCAAACCCAUUCAUGUUAAGAACUCAGCAGCCUCAUCAUCAUCAGCAACGUCCACAACGACAACCACCUACGCGUCGAGCACCGAGAACAUUUCCAGAUUGCUUGAGAAUUGGAUGAAGACUAGUCCAUCGGCAAAGAUCAACAAUGGUUCAAACAGUGCCAAUUCUGGUUCCAGCACUCAGCAGUCAGUGGCCUGUUUUGAUUCCGCAACACCCGAGGCUAGCCAGUACCAAGAAGAGAGCAAGGAGCAGGGGAAGAUGCCUUUGGAGUUGCUUGAGACUUGGCUGUUUGAUGAGAAGGGGGACUUGGUUAAUUUGGAGUUGGAUGAUUUUUAGGCAGAUCGAGUUAAAAAUAUGAUCGGUGACUUGCUUUAGAUUUGUUGUUGGUCUGAGCUUUUUCAACUGGUCCAAGGACAGAAAUUAAGAAACUGUAAAUUACGAAAAUAUCUAUUUUUAGAUAGGAUGAUGAUUCAGAAGUUGUUUUGUAAUGGGGGGAAGAAUAACAUUUGUAAGGUUUUAAUUUGAAUGAUCUGAAGAUUUCUAUUUUACAUUCUUUGGUUAA